AUGGAGGAGCGCACGCGCCGGCCCCCGUCUGUGCUGACGAGCGAAGUGUACAACGAGGCGGAGACCAUCUUCGCCAUGCUGGAGAACAAGGAGAAGCUCGUGUCCUUCCUCGACUGCAUGACGCUGCUGCGCGGGAUGGGCAUGAACCCCACGCAGGACGACAUGGACCACCUCCGCGCCCGCAUGGCCGACCCCAUUCUGCGGCUCGAACAGUGGCGCCGCGAGGAGGAGCUCAAGCGCGAGAAGGAGCGCCGCCGCGAGGAGAUGCGGGAGAAGCGACGCGCCUCCUCCGCGUUUGUGCAGAGGAAACCACGCAAGUCUGUCGUGGAGCGGGCACUAGAAGUGCAAGCAGCAGAAGGACAGGCACCUCAACAGCCUGUGAAGAUAGUACCAGUGGAGGAAAUCAAAAACAUUGAUUGGAAUAUUUUUAUAUCAUGUGCAGAAGAAAUUUACCGAGAUGCUGCAACAGAGCAAAAAGAUGUAUGGGCGGCGUUGAAAGUUUUUGAUAAGGAAAAUACUGGCGAAAUGUCAAUAGAUGAUUUGAUUCGAAUUGUCACAACAAAUGGUGAGAGUGUGUUAAACCCGGCAGAGGCGCAGCAGCUACGAUCACUUCUCCCUCAAAAAUGUAGUCUAGCAGAAAUUGCAGCACGUAUGCAAGGAACAUAUGUUCAACCUACAAAAGAAGAACUGGAGCGUGAGGCCUUAGAAGAGAUGGAAAGACGACGACAGCAAGAAGCAGCAGCAGCGAAGGCAACAAGUGAUGAUUCUUUACCUUUGCUUUGA